AGGCCUCUCAAGCGCUGGAGGUGCUAUUGAGCGAGUUGGGCUCGGUGGCGGCCGAGGCGCAAGCCCAGUGCGGAUCGAAGGCCACGGAAGAGGAGAUCGCUACAGCCGCAGUGAAGCUGAAUGUCUUGCACACCAUGAACUUCUUGUUGCAGUACAGCCAACCAAUCCGGGAGAAGGUGCGCAGCGGCGAGUUGGAGAUCCAGGGAGGGGUCUAUGACUUGAAGUCGGGGCGCGUGGAGUUCUUGGGUCAGAGCCCAAUGCAGUCCAAGUUGGUGAACUCCACGACCAAAGCUGCGCCAUCAUUGCAGCAAGCGAUUGGCGGAGCAUGAGCAAGAUCGCAACAUAGACGCUUUUGCCACGCUCGUCCAGGGGUUUUUCAGGCAUUUGAGACCAGGUUGAGCAAAAGGGACAAUUCACGAUCUGAGUCAGACUCAGAACAUUUUUCGAUCUUUUUCGAGUUGCAAUAGUUGAUUUCGCUGCACAAGAGAUUGCAGCUCCUGCAUCUUCCAGAGUGAAGGAAUUCUCAACUCGCCCUGAACCAUCGGCCCUUGUUCACCUUUUUGGUGGGUCAGUCGGUGGGGGAAUGUGGCGUUGAGGAGAACCAUGAAUUUGCUGAGCAUUAUUGAGCUGUUGGGGGGUCCCUGGUGCACAGACGCUAACACCCCUCAGCAACUGGAGACACCACGAAUCUCCAGAAACGCUUAGGCUGAGAGAGGCUGGCGAGAAAUCAAAGAUGGACAUCGGACAUAGAGAAUGGUAGAUCUGGUGG